GGCACGUCAAUCGAAAGACAGCUGUUGUUUGUUUUUAAAUUGACAUUUUUUUUGAAGGUAUUACGUUUUUUUGUGCGAUUUGAAUGCCGGUUCCAAAGGCUUUCCGGCCGUUAUUUGUUGAGUAGACUCUAUCGAAUUGUCUGUUGAGCAACAUCUAUAAGCAAAAAACAUGGGAACUCGAAAAAAAGGAGUUGAAUUCGCCAAGCAUAUCACCGAAAUCAUUACCAAAUCAACGGGUUUUGAGAGUCACCUUCAAAAGGUCAAGAUUGUGGAUGGCGGCGAUGGAGCCUGCACUGCUGAGCUGAAAGUGGACCAGGAUCAUGUCAACUUGUACAAAUUUAUGCACGGUGGCUAUAUCAUGACCCUGGUCGACAUGAUAACCACCUACGCCCUGAUGUCAAAACCCUGUCAUCCCGGCGUUUCGGUAGAUCUAAGUGUAAACUUUUUGAAUGGAGCCAAGCUGGGUGAUGACGUUGUGAUUCAGGCCAAUCUUUCUAAGGUGGGCAAGUACCUGGCAUUCAUCGACUGCACCCUGAAGCACAAGAAGGACGACAUGGUGAUAGCAAAGGGCACCCACCUGAAAUACAUCAAAUUUGACUAAUUUUAC